AUGGCCUCGAGCAACACUGACACCCGAGUCUGGUUCAUCACCGGGAGCUCGCAGGGGCUCGGAAAGGCGUUAUUAGAGGAGGUACUCGCGCGUGGGGAGCGCGCCGUUGCGACACUCCGGAAGCCUGCCGUUCUUGCUUCCCUGGCACAGAAAUAUAACGCGUCGCAGUUGCUUGUGGUACCGCUGGAUGUUACGGACGAAGCGCAAAUUGCCCACGCAUUCGCGGAGACGAAGAAGCACUUCGGACGUCUAGAUGUUGUCGUGAACAACGCGGGUUAUGGACUCACAGCAGAGAUAGAAGCGGCGCCGGAGGAUGAGGCGCGCAAGCAGAUUGAGGUUCUGUUUUGGGGCCCAGUGCACGUCAUGAAGCAGGCUAUUCCCUUCUUCAGGGACGUAAACCCACCUGGCCAUGGUGGCCGAGUGUUGAACGUCAGCUCGUGUGGAGGAUAUGCUGCCAACCCUACGUUGUCAUAUUACAGCGCGGGCAAAUUCGCCCUCGAGGCAUUUACAGAGGCGUUCACGAAGGAGAUGCUUCCUGAGUGGAAUAUCAAGGGAGUCAUCAUCGAGCCUGGAGGAUUCCGUACUGAGUGGAAUGCGAGUUCAAUGGUGACAAUCCCGGUACACCCAAAGUACGACACGCCGACGUCGCCCUCGGUAGUGCACCGACAGGUGGCGUCCCAGCCUUACAUUGGGGAUCCGACAAAGGCAGCAAAGGCGAUGGUGCAGAUAGCAGACAUGCCAAAUCCGCCGCUGCGUGUGCAGCUGGGCACGGAGAGCUUGAUGAUCGUGCGGUACCAGGCACAGAGGACGCUUCGCGACAGCGAACAGCAUGAGGACUUGGCCCAUUCGACGAAUUGUGAUGAGAUCAAUAAGGAUGCAGUGGUUGAGAUGUUCGGCUCUUUUUUCGAGUAG